GUCUUGUGGGCGGGGCCAAACAGGAGGCGGGCGGUGCCGCGCGUGCGCAGGAGGCUGAGGCGGGCGGUGAAGCGGCGGCGGCGCCGGGCGGACGCGGCGGCGAUGGAGCCGGGAUACGGCGGCUAUGGCUCCUGGAGCACCGGGGCCACCGGCACCCAGGGUUCCUACGGCACCAACACAGCCAGCUGGCAAGGCUAUGAAGGCUACGAGUUCUACACCCCGCAGAGCUCGGCCCCCACGGGAGCCUCCUACAGCUACGGGGGAGGGGCGGCCGGGGGCGCCUCCUGGGACCCCCCCAAGGCUGAGCUGGGCCUGGGCUCCUCCGAGGGGUCCGGCAGCGCCCUGGGGCUGGGGGCUGGGGCCGCCUUCGGCUCGGGAUCCACCUUCGGAUCGGGAUCCACCUUCGGGUCCGGAUCCACCUUCGGCUCGGGAUCCACCUUCGGAUCGGGAUCUGGAGCUGCUUUUGGGUCGGGUUCCACCUUCGGGUCAGGAUCUGGAGCUGCCUUCGGGUCGGGAUCCACCUUCGGAUCGGGAUCUGGAGCCGCCUUUGGAUCGGGAUCUGGGACUGCCUUCGGAUCGGGAUCUGGGACUGCCUUCGGAUCGGGAUCUGGAGGCACAUUUGGGUCAGGAUCUGCAGGAUCCACCUUUGGAUCGGGAUCUGGAGCUGCCUUUGGGUCAGGAUCUGGAGCUGCCUUUGGAUCAGGAUCAGGAACCACUUUUGGCUCAGGAUCUGCUGGAUCCACCUUCGGCUCAGGAUCAGGAACCACCUUUGGCUCAGGAUCAGGAGCUGCCUUCGGCUCAGGAUCAGGAACCACCUUUGCCUCAGGCUCAGGACCCGCUUUUGCCUCAGGAUCCACUUUUGGCUCAGGAUCAGGAACUGCUUUUGGCUCGGGAUCUGCGUUUGGCUCGGGAUCCACCUUUGCCUCGGGCUCAGGAUCCACCUUUGCCUCGGGCUCCACCUUCAGCCAGGGCUCGUCCUCGGGCCCGGCCGAGCCCGGCUCCAACCCCGACUCCAUCAUCGCCAAGAUCAACCAGCGCCUGGACCUGCUGGCCAAGGAGGGCAGCCCGGGGGAUGGCCCCGAGCAGCACCACAGCUCCUUCCGCUUCGACUCUCUGGGCGCCUUCUCCUCUCGGGACUCUCGGGACGCGUUCCGCGCCUCGCUGCCGCUGCCCGAGGCGCUCCCGGAGCGGGACGAUCCCUUCGGGCCCCGGCCCGGGGAGCCGUCCCGCCGCCCCCCGGGGCUGCCGCGGGGCUCGCCCGGCGGCUCCCGGGGCCGCUGCCCGCCGCGGGGCCGGCGGCUCCCGGAGCCCUUCCCGGGGGGCUCCCGCGGCUGGAGCGAGCCGCCCUUCCCGGGCGGCCGCGCCUCGCGCCCGCUGCCCUCGCUCUUCUCCCAGGCGCUCGACUACCCCGGCGACUACCCCGACUACCCCGGCGACUACCCCGGGGAUUAUCCCGGGGAUUUCCCCGGGGAUUAUCCCGAUUUUCCGGGCGAUUAUCCCGACUAUCCCGGCGAUAUGCUGGGAAUGCCCCCCCUGGGCCGCGGCCCCUACGGGAUGAGGAGGAGGGACAGGAUGGGAGCCCUGCCCUGGAACGGCCUCAGCAUGGGCCGGCGCCGGGGGCUGCGCGCUCGCUCCGGGGGGCGCUGGGAGCCGGAGGGGCCCCGCAAGCGGAAACGCUCCGGGAACAACGACGGCACCGAGCCCGGCAACGACGGGAAUGACGCUGGGAACGACGGGAAUGACGCCGGGAAUGACGCCGGGAAUGACGCCGGGAAUGACGCCGGGAAUGACGGGAACAACGACGGGAACGACCCCGGGAACACCGAGGGCGGCGAGGAGCCCAAACAGCCCCGCAGCGACAGCGACUCCGAGCACGGAGAUGAAGGGGAAGGAGAUGAGAAAUCCUUGGACGAGGCAGACAAAGGCUCGGAGGAGGAGGACGAGGAGGUGAAGAAGAAGCGGGAGAAGCAGCGGAGGCGCGACAGGAUGAGGGACAGGGCCAUGGACAGGAUCCAGUUUGCCUGCUCGGUGUGCAAGUUCCGCAGCCUGGAGGAGGAGGAGCUGCAGCGGCACCUGCAGAGCAAAUUCCACCGGGACACGCUGCGCUACAUCGGCACCAAGCUGCCCGACAAAACCGUCCAGUUCCUGCAGGUACAGGAAAAAUUGGGGAAUUUGCCUGGAAUUUGGCACUUCCGGGAUGAUCCUGGAUUUUUGGGGAUUUUUCCCUGAUUUUUUGGGAAUUUU